AUGGAGACAUCUGCCACAUGCUUACAAAACGCCCUAGCUGACGAAUCUGCGACGUUUCUCUGUCUACCGAAAGAAGCUCGACGCAUGAUCUUCCAGCUCAUCUUUCCCAAGAUCCAGAUCUAUUGCCACUAUGAAGGCCCCUAUUCGCAGUUUGACGAACAAAGCCAGAGGAGAAUCGAACAUCCAGAGAGGAGGUGGUACAGUCGCGGGUGGCAUUUCGAAGGUGCACUUCUCCUUGUCUGUAAGCAGAUCCACCUGGAGGUAAAGUCCGUCAUCUUCAACGCUCCGGUCACCGUCGGUGGGCACUGGAAGGGUGUUUUCUGCCCGUCUGAUUUCCCCACCGGAUGGGAUGUGUCUUCCAGAGUCGUCAAAGUGCAUCCAGGUCGAACAUUCGCCCUCUCCCGGACUCAAAGCAUUUACGGGUACCUCUUCUUGGAUCCUGUGAACUGCCCCAACCUCCGCACCGUCUCGACAAACAUCGGUCGCUAUAUCUGCAAGGAUUACGACCAUCAAGUUCACUACCCUUUCAAGCUACUACCGACCAUCUAUCAAUGCUUGCGACGACAGUUCGAAACACGAGAGCACGUGUCGACCGUGCAUCUAACUGAGCUCGAAGCCAUAUGUGACGUCAAUGCCCUUCAACACGCUCGAGAGACAGACCGAUUCAUCAAAAAGAGGAGCCUCACAUUCAAAUGCAUCACGCUCUUCGAAGUUGUCUGUUGGGAGGAUACUGCUUCUGAGGGUGAGCCGUAUCGAGAAUGGGACCCACGCUAUGAUCAGGGGCCUGACUUUCAGCAUGCUUUCAGUGUACUCGUCUUAUGGGACAAAGAUGGACUGAGAGUUGAAAACAUGCCGAGGCUCGAUGGAUUUUUCGCAGAGCAUGGGCGACGGAUAUACUCUGGCAGCAAUAUUUGGGAAGCCGAUGAGUGGUUUGCCAAAGGUCGAACCAUCUGGUGGCACGAUCGAAGCGACGGCAGGCUGUCCCGGUGGUUCAAGUCCCAGGAAUUGGAGGGCCGGGAACACCUCAAUCGGAAGAGUUUGGCGUUGGAAGGGACGGAUGAUUCCAGCAAUACGAACGUCCUGAAUCGAAGCUAG